CGUGCCCGCCACCCCUCCCCCCACCUUCCGAGUUCGGAGUUUCAAACCCUUGCUUGAGCGCUCGCGACAAGCAGUUCAAUUGUAUCACAGUAGUGAGUGGGGCUGGUGGUUGGCAGCAGCGAGCGACGCUUCUCCAUCGAACGCACAACUUUGUCCACACAAACCGCAGCCUGUCGGGAUGGCAGCCAUCCGUAAGAAACUGGUCAUAGUCGGGGAUGGAGCUUGUGGGAAGACCUGUCUCCUGAUUGUCUUUAGCAAAGACCAAUUCCCUGAGGUUUACGUCCCCACAGUGUUUGAGAACUAUGUGGCUGACAUAGAGGUGGACAGCAAACAGGUGGAGUUGGCUCUGUGGGACACAGCUGGUCAGGAGGACUAUGACAGGCUCCGACCUCUCUCCUAUCCAGACACUGAUGUUAUUCUCAUGUGCUUUUCCAUAGACAGCCCUGACAGCUUGGAAAACAUUCCAGAGAAGUGGACACCUGAGGUGAAACACUUCUGUCCCAAUGUUCCCAUUAUUCUGGUCGGGAACAAGAAAGACCUGCGCAAUGAUGAGCACACACGCCGCGAACUGGCUAAGAUGAAACAGGAGCCUGUGAAGUCUGAGGAGGGCCGGGAAAUGGCGGUCCGGAUUGCAGCUUUUGGUUACAUGGAGUGUUCCGCCAAGACCAAGGACGGCGUACGAGAGGUGUUUGAGAUGGCCACAAGGGCAGCGCUGCAGGCUCGCCGCGGAAAGAAAAACAGCAAAUGUGCGCUGCUGUAACGCGGCGCAUAUCUUGGGACUGUUUGUGGGAAUGGAGACAUUACUAGACGGGAGUGGGAGGGAGGGAUGGCCGGGGGAAGAAGAGAAUGCUGUUAAUGACCAUCAGACUGAAUUUACCCUGGUUGGUUUGGGCGGCUUUGGUGGAGAGGGAUUGGGGUGGGGUUGGAAAUGUAAACCAUUGGACUCUUUGUGGGCAUGCCACAAAAAGUGAGCAAUGCAUACCAGCCAAAGACAGGUACAGCAUAUCUGCCCCCUGACCUCUCCUUAGGGCCCAUAAAGGUCAUUAAGAGAUUCAUGCUUAUUGAAGGUUAGUUUCCUUCCUGGAUGACUUGACAGGUCAGGGUGUGUGCUGUGAGUGUCGUUUAGAAUGGCUGUGUAACUCCAAAUGUGUAACUAAUCACAUUUAAAUUCAGUUUAUGAGCCUAAGUGGACAAAUUAAUGGAGAUCCAAGAUUGGGACAUGUUUGGGGCUUACACCUAGAGUUUUGAUACAAGAUUUGUCUGUAAACCUUUUUCAAGUCUUUCUUGGGGUUCUCUUCUGCUUCAGGUGUGAGGGUCUUACGUGUAGUGCUCAAAUGUCUGAGAGCCGAGAAGUCUGUCAGUGAGGCUAAUGUUGUGCUUCCAGACUCAGUAUGUCUGUGCACUAGGCCCUCAGCCCAUGCUGCAAGCCCUCUUUCACCUACACUGCUAUUACUCAGUUAUUCUAUUUUUCAAUUGACAGAUCGUUAUCAUUUAAUGUUAGGAUGCAACUUCCAUUUGAACCCCGCAGUAUAAUAAGAUAUGCUUUUACAAUGGGUGUUGCCAAUUUAAAGCUAUUAAAUCACGACAACCUGCCUCAAAUCUCUUCUCAUGGCCCCGUCCCUCACACCCAUCCCUCCCUUCUUUUCCACAAGUCCGACUACUGGUGCUGAUCUCCUGGUUUUAUACCUGGAUCAACAACAAGGAGAGGAGAGUCUUGCAUUUACACGCACACCAUUGGUCUCUUUACCCAGGAGGAUAUCUUUGUUUUCAUUUCUCCAAAAACUCCAAAAUUGACAACCUGGUUAAUUAAAAAAAAAUGCUAAUGGUGGCCUGUUAAGUAGUCAGGCUCUCUUCCAAUUGUUCUUCAUCCUGGCUGACAUGGAGCAGUUUGAUCCAGAAAGCUACUCUUGUAUUGUUAUAUACUACUUUAAAAAUGUCCUAAAUAUGUCUGUCAGUAUUUAAAGGUGUAGUUCGGAUUUUUUGACAUGAAUUUGUAUGACAUCCCCAUCAGCAUUGUAGUCCAAUGACAGCUACCUACCCCCCCACUUGGUCUUUUAAGUCCAGUUCUGGUCAGAUUUCUGUGAUGAAGAAGGUAGUUCCGCUUAGUUGCUGGGGACAAUUAAGAGUUUGGCUUCUCAAAACAAUAUGCGUUCAAAAGAUUAAAACAUUUGCAUCACAAAAAUACCUUCUCAAAGUCAAACCUCGCAAAACGUUCAGCGUUAUAUCUGUCUCUCGCCAUGUCCUUGCGCACUGUCGCCUGUGCGUUCAUCUGAAUGUGACGAAGACACUCGCAUGUUCUUCCGCGUCUUCGUGACAUACACAUGAACGCACAGGCGACAGUGCGCAGGAAUAUGGCGGGAGACAAAUAUAUCACACCAAGCGUUUUGUGAGGACUUUUUUUUUGAGAAGGCAUUUUAGUGAUGUAAAUGUUUUAAUCUUUUGAAUGCAUAUUGUUUUGAGAAGCCAAAGUCUUUACUUAAUUGUCCCUAGCAAGUAAGUGGAAGUACGUUCUUCAUCACAGCAAUCUGGCCAGAACUGGAUUUAGGAGACCAACUGGGGGGUAAGUGGCUGUUAUUGGACUACAAUGCUGAUGGGGAUGUCAUACAACUUCGUCAAAAAAUCCAAACUAUCUCUUUUAAGGGGGGGGGGGGAGCAGGAAUUGGGACAUGAGUUGUUUUUGCUUGCUUUACCUGAAUUUUCCUGAGAUUUACACUUGUUGGCCUGUCAGUCAUCCCAGGAGAAAGACUGGAUUACUGGAAGGGCCAAAUUUUUGUUUUGAAACUGAAAAGACAGAAGGGUUUUUUUUUUAAGGCCUCCUUACAAAUCCUUGUACAAAUUACUUUUAUUUCUUGUUUUAUUGAAUGUUCAAAAUCUUAAAAUUUUUUGGAUGCUGAAGUUGAAAAAACAGGAAAACCAAGCUGUAUGCAAUGUCUGUAAAUAUGAAUUAUGGGUUUUGUUCCUACUUGACUACACACAUGCACAGGACUGGAAACUGUAUUUGUAAACUUGCUUUGGUUUGUGUAAUAAAUUACUUUCUAUAACA